UCUCUAUAAGAUCAGCUCUCAUCCUCCUGUGGUCCUAGGUAUAUAAACCUAGCCUGUCCAACCUCUCACUUUUGCUCAGGCCCGCAGGUCCUGGCAACAUCUUUGUAAAUCUUCUCUACAUUCUUUCCAGCUUAAAUACACCACACUUGACAUCAUCCUUGCUGUUGCAGUGUUUAGAGAACCCUGGUGAAAUCCAUGCAGGAGAAUGGAUAAAGUAAAGAUACUACAGGAGCUCUAUAAUUUUUGGUAUAAAGGCCUCACAGUCGGAGCCUGAGGUCAGGAUUGAACCUAGGACUUUGGCGCUGAGAGGCACAUCGCCACCACCUGUGCCGUUUAUUCAACACACUGUACAACAAAUUACAGAGGAACAUUAAUAAUAAGCACGGAGACGAGGCACAUAAUGCCAAACAAGCUGCAAUAUUCUCGCAGAGUGAGGGAGCGGUUGUCCCGCCCCUGGGAGCGGAUCCCGUGACCAAAGAUGAUAGAGUGGAGCAAAGAUAGUGGAGUAUCUCGCUUCGCUCUAUGAUCUUUGCCCGUGACCCUGUCACCGGCUUCAGCUUCAGAUUCAGCUUCGGGCGGAGAGAUGGCGGCGCUGCGACCGGGCUGGCGAUGCGGCUGGCGGGCAGGCCGCAGAUUAUAUAGUGCAAUAACACAAAGUCAUGAAACCCACAAGAUUUCUCGUCCAGAAACUACCUCUGCCAAGAAUCUAAUGGACAUUGGCACUCGACGGAUAUUUUCUGAAGAACAUGAUAUAUUCAGACAAAGCGUGAGGAAAUUCUUUGAAGCAGAGGUCAUUCCAUAUCAUGCACAGUGGGAAAAAGAUGGUCAAGUCAGUCGAGAAGUUUGGGAAAAAGCUGCACAGCAGGGUCUUUUGGGAGUCAAUACACCAGAAGAACAUGGCGGACUAGGUGGUGAUGUGCUUUCUGCCGCUAUCAUUUGGGAGGAACAGAUGUAUGCAAACUGCAGUGGACCUGGUUUCAGCUUGCAUUCAGACAUUGUCAUACCCUAUAUCACUCGUUAUGGUUCUAAAGAUCAAAUUGAACACUAUAUUCCUCAGAUGGUUUCUGGUAAAUGUAUUGGUGCCAUUGCAAUGACGGAACCUGGUGCCGGCAGUGAUUUACAAGGAAUACGAACACAUGCUAAAAAUGUUGAUGGUGACUGGAUCCUCAAUGGCAGCAAAGUUUUUAUAACAAAUGGCUGGAUGUGUGAUGUGGUCAUUGUUGUAGCUGUGACAGAUCCUCAGGCACAUUCUCGAGCCCAUGGGAUAAGCCUGUUUCUUGUGGAUAAUGGUGUGAAGGGAUUCAUCAAAGGAAAGAAGCUGGAGAAAAUUGGUUUGAAAGCACAGGACACAGCUGAGCUCUUCUUUGAGGAUGUCCGCUUGCCUGCAAAUGCUCUACUGGGGAAAGCUAAUAAAGGAUUCUACUACUUAAUGAAUGAUCUGCCACAGGAAAGAUUGCUCAUCGCUGACAUGGCGCUUGCCAGCUGUGAAUUCAUGUUUGAAGAAACAAGAAAGUAUGUGAAACAGAGGAAGGCCUUUGGAAAAACAAUUGCUGAUUUACAGACUGUGCAGCAUAAAUUGGCGGAAAUAAAGACCCAGGCUUGUGUGGGCCGUGCAUUCGUCGAUAGUUGCCUGGGGUUGCAUAUGGAGCAGCGACUAGAUUCUGCUACUGCUUCCAUGGCCAAAUACUGGAUGUCUGAGCUCCAGAAUAUUGUAGCCAACCAGUGUCUCCAACUCCACGGUGGAUCUGGAUAUAUGUGGGAAUACCCAAUUGCUAAGUCUUUUGUUGAUUCCCGUGUUAGCACAAUAUAUGGUGGCACAAAUGAAAUAAUGAAAGAGCUUAUUGCUCGAGGAAUUUUAAAUGACUGAUGCCUGGUGCAGUUUUGAGCUGAAUGCUGAUUUGUGCCAACAGGACCUCCAGAUUCUGAAAAAAAUAUUUGUUCCUAUAUAUUACUUUUAUUCAAUAAAACAAAAUCUAUAUCUAUUUCUGAUUUAUUCAGAGAUGAGAAAUUUGGAUAUUGAACCCAAUAGCUUGCUUAUUCCUGUUUUGCUUUUUAUAUGCACAAAACAACUGAAGUUUGAAUGCAAAAUCAGUAUUUCCCAUUUACUUUUUGUUUAUUUGCUCUUUGUGAAACUGUUAGCAACAACCAGGCUUGUUGAUAGUUUCAAGAGCCCCACUGAGUUGUUCCCAUUUGUUUUACCAUUCUGAUUGAACUGCUAAGCAGCUAAAUGUAUUAAAAUUAAAAUAUUCUGGAACUUUUAACAAUUUCCCACUGAAUUAUCUUCAAUUUUGUAAUUCUUUGAGUUUUGUGUGCAUUUAAUGACACUAGUGGACACUAUUCUGAUCAAACUGCUACAGAGUUCUCAGAACUGAUUGUUUUCUUAAAAACAACUUGAUAAAUUGGGUUUAGAAAUGCUUUGCGUUUGAGUAAAGAAGGACAUUUCAUGGUGCAAUCAUCAUUUUAAAUAAUUUGUUUGUGUAAAUUUUUGUAAAUUGUUGUAAUUUGAAAAUUCUCCAAGAACUGUACAGUGAUUCUAUAACUAGAAUUUUCCUUAUCAUAAUCUUAAAUUACUGUCCUCUUCACCCGAGAUUAUGCUGCAUCUGCUCUGAAAAUCCUUCAGGUGUUUUUUAGACCAUAAAACAUAGGCCGAAUGGCCUAAUUCUGUUCCUAUCGAGUCUGUUCACCAUUCGAUCAUGGCUGAUCUAUUUUGCCCACACAACCCCAUUCACCUGCCUUCUCCCCAUAACCCUUGAUGCCCUUACUAAUCAAAACCUAUCAAUCACUGCUUUAAAUAUAACCAAUGCCUUGGCCUCCAUACUCGUCACUUCUACAGAUUUACCACCCUCUGGCCAAAGAAAUUCCUGCUCAUCUCCAUUCUAAAGGUUUAUUCUGAGGCUUUUAUUCUGAGGCUGGUAUUGUUAUAAUACUAUAUUAUGUUUUAUGUAGUAUUAUACACUGUAUAAAACUAUGUUUUAUAAAUUAUUGUUGUUAAUUACAUUUCAUUCUUCUAACUUCCUGUGAGGAUCGACAAUUUUCAAUCUCAUUUGAUAUGUCAAUAUCCUAAUUGCUUGAAUCACUGUAGUGGACAUGUGCGGCUCUGUCACUUUGUCAAGCACAUCCUUCCCAUCAGUGCCCCAAAGCCCUAUACUGUUGUACUGACCCCAUUACCUUAGCAUUUCCUUGCAAUUUUGACACGCACUUACUUUCCUACCAAGCUUUGCAUCUUAAAAUACGGAAAUUUGUACAUCUGAAACCCUUCGUCCAUUUCAUUAAUGAACAUCAUAAAUUGCUGAGUAAGUCAGCCAGUGGUAAAAUUAUAUUAUACAUUCCAGCUGUUUUUAACCAGUCACUAAUCAUAAUACACUUAACCUCAUGGGAUUCUAUUUUGUGUAAUGGCCUUCCAGAUUCUAUCUUAUUGACUGAAUCCACUGGUUCUUCUUAUUGACAAGUUAGAAUCUCACAACCUCGACCCUUAAGGACAUCUCCAGCUGUAAAAAAAAAACAGGUAAUCAAUUUGAAUUGCUUUUUAAAGUGUUAACUAUAUGCUUUGAUUUCAAUAAACACUUAUUGAAAAAGUUGUACAUUCGUUCCUUAACUAUGGUUGGCCUGAUUAGUAAAAGGCAUUCAGAUUUUAAGUCUAUGCAGUAUUCUUAAUAUAAAUUAAGAUUGAUUACAUAACUUAAUUGGAGAACUAAUCCAAGGAGAAUUUUAUGGAUAAUCUUUUACCCAUUUCAAUUUCCUUGACAUUUCUUGAUAUGUUGAAAAUUAAAACCAUGAAUGUAUUAGAAAAGUUGACUGAAUUUAAUUAGGUAAGUCACUAGGACAGGAUGGGAUGUAUCAUUGAAUUUUAUGGGAAAUAUAUUCUUUGGAUAAGCCAAUGGACUUGACAGUGGUGAAUGUUAGUCCUUUGUUCAAUAAAUGGAAUAAGGAUAAACCCAACUACUACAGGCCAGUCAGUUUAACCUUGGUAGUCGGAAGCUUUUAUACUUUAUAUAACUUAUAAAAUGUUUUAUAAACCUCUGUGAGAUUAUUACUCAGCCUGCUGUAUUCCAAAGAAAAUAACCCACCCUAUCCACUCUCUCUAUAACUCAAGCCUUCAAUCUCAGCUACAUACUUAGUCAUACACACCGAUCAAUAUGCCCAUUUACACUAAUUCCUCCUGUCUUUGCUUGGCCCAUAACCCUCUAAACCUGUCCUUUCCAUGUACUUGUCCAAUUGUCUCUUAAAUGAAAUGCUAUGAUAGUGCCUGCCUCAACUACCUCCCCCGGCAGCUUAUUUCAUAUACCCACCACCCUUUGUGUAAAAAAAGUUACCUUUCCAGUUCCCAUGAAAUCUUCCCCCACCCCCCUCACCUUAGACCAGGGGCCUCCAAACCUUUCAGCAUGAGGGCCACAUUAUAUAUUUGUAAAAAAUAAAGAAAUGUCAGUUUUAUAAAUUUAAUGAACUCAAUAAGGAACUUAAGUAAAACAAAUGGGAGAAAUUCAAAACAGAACUAGUUCAACCACUCACCCAUCCACCCGCUCACCCUCCUGCUCGCCCACACGCUCGCC